AUGGCCGCCGUCUCGCCUUCGCCGUCUCUGCACCGCCUCAUCCUCACCCGCUGGCGUAACAUGAGUGCCCGCCAUCUCCGUAACAAGCCAGAGGACGAGGACGCAGCGCAACUCAAGUUCGGGCCUGGUAAGCCUUCUACAACGACCCACGUCGCAGCGAUGACACGCUUGCUUUCCGGAUUCUGGUCGAGUUGACACCCCUCGCUACCACUAUAUGACCUUCUACAGAGUUCUCUGGAGCGACUCAAGAAGCAUGCCUAAUGACGAGCGAGGUCAAGUUCUUGCUUGAACAACACGACCAAGGGUCAAGCAACCCGUUCGUCCUGCAACCUUACUCCAGUUCCUGACCUGGCCAUGUGGUACACGAUGGGCAGCAACACCCUGACCCCAUCCUAUAUUUCGGACUCUAUUAGUAUUUACAAGAAGACGCUGCAAUACGUCAAUGACUUCUCGAGGUUCAAGGAAUACGAUACGACCUCCCAAGUCCGGCUGUCAGUCAUUCCUUUGCACAACGCGGUGCAGGUCAAUCCCCUACACGCAAUCAAUGAAACUGAACCCAAUCUCGUCUAUUAUGUGCACAGAAUCUAUGGGGGUGUCGAAGGCCUCAACCCGUUCGAGAUCGUACAACUGGCGAACCUGGUCCCGUCGUCGUACGAGGAAGCCAAGGCGUUGAUCCCGAGGUAAGUCUCAUCGAAAGCGCGACCCACCUCCUUCGAAGCGAGCACCAACUAACAGCAACUACACCGUCCUUUUACAGUCUCUCGAGCAAGAACGAAGACGAGCUGGAAGCCGCGAUCCGACAGGUUGUUCAGAUUCGCAAAUACCAGGGCUGA